UUUGCGUUGUUUUGAAACAGGCUGCGCUUUGCUUCACGGCGCUGAGCGUGUCCCUCAGGUGUGUCAGUAAAGAUGGAAACGGAUCGAGCGGCUAAACUUGAGUUUGCGGUGCAGAUGACAUGUGAAAGCUGUGUUAAUGCAGUGAAAGGGGCACUGGAGAAACAGCCCGGAGUGCAUUCGGUACAGAUUGACCUGUCUCGGGAGGAGGUCCUGGUGGAGACGUCUCUGAGCACUCAGGAGGUUCAAGGGCUGAUAGAGAGCACAGGCAGGAGAGCCGUACUGAAGGGAAUGGGCGGAUCAGAACCAGAUCUGGGCGCUGCUGUGGCGAUGCUGAGUGGGGUGGGGCGAGUGCAGGGUGUGGUUCGAUUCCUGCAGCUGUCAAAGGAUCGCUGUUUGAUUGACGGGACAAUUGACGGGUUGGAGCCCGGAGCACAUGGGCUGCAUGUACAUGAACUCGGAGAUCUCACACAGGACUGCAUGAGCUGUGGAGAGCACUAUAACCCCUUUGGAAAACAACACGGAGGCCCGGAGGACACAGAGAGGCAUGUGGGUGACCUGGGUAAUGUCCAGGCAGGAUCAGAUGGCAGAGCCACAUUCCGACUGGAAGACUCCCAGCUAAAGGUGUGGGAUGUGAUUGGUCGCUCACUGGUGGUGGAUUCUGGGGAAGAUGACCUUGGCCGAGGAAAUCACCCGCUGUCCAGACAAACAGGAAACUCAGGACAGAGGCUGGCGUGUGGAAUCAUCGCUCGUUCUGCAGGACUGUUUCAGAACCCUAAACAGAUCUGUGCAUGUGACGGGGUCACUCUGUGGGAGGAGAGAGAUCGGCCUAUAGCGGGAAAAGGACGCAGAGUCACAGACACACCAACGGCCAAUUUAUGACCGUACGAGCAGCUGUGAAUAAUGAUGAGCACAGAGUGCACUUAGAGAAGGAGAGAAAACAAAAGAGUACAGACAGACUGAAGAGACCAAAAAUUCUUGCUGAAUUGUUGAAACCCUUCAAACUAUCUCCUUGCCUUGGACCCUGUAUAUCUGGGGUGUCGAACUGGGUUUGCAGAGAUACUAGCUGUGUCUCAAAGCUAAAGAUGCAGCCAAGAAAAACCUUUGAAUGCUAAUUAGGAGUGCUGCUAACUUGGAGAGGAGCCACGUAACAUACAGAUCCACACAGAACACUUUUAAUUUCAGCUUUCUGUCGUUGCAGCUCCAGCCGUUCAACAUCACUCCCUCAGAUUUGACUCACUGUCAUUUAAACUUGUGUCAGUGAUUCUUCAGGUAGCCAGAAUUGAACCUGUUCUGUAGUGAGCAGUGCUGUUAGCAUGCUCCGCCGAUGCUAACCAGCUCCUCUAUCGUAGUAGCAGCACUGUUGAACGUUUAGCAAUUGUUGGUUAAUUGAUGAUAUUUAUAAAUGAUGGAUUGAAAAAGAUUAGAUGGAUUGAAUAAGAAAAAACAAUAGAUUACAGAGAAACUGAAGAGACCUGAAUAACAAAGAGUGUGGUGGCACAAUACCGACAUAAACAUAGAACAAAUCAGUGAAUAGCUACGUCAUUGAACUGUGCCACUGGAAUGGUUUUCAGAACUGUUUGGCCUCACCCUAGAUAUGGGGCCUUUGAGUUAAGGUCAUGAAGGCUUUGUUUAAUGAGGCAGAGUACUAAACUCUGCAGAACUGUGGCCCAGAAGGAACCCAGUUUGACCCUAAUGCUCUACAUUGUCCUGCUGUGGAACCAGUGAGGGUUUUCAUUCACUUAAACUUUGGCUGAGAUGCCACAUGUGACAUUCAAAUUCAUGUAAAAACCUGAGCUGUUUCUUAGUUUCUGAGUGUACAUGUAAGUUGAGUUUAUUCUGACCAUGCAAAUAUAAAGCUUGGGGUUUUACUGGUGUGGCUUCUGGAAGUUAAGUUCACAGUGCUAUUUGGAAAUCAUUGUUAUACAAAGAAAUGCUUUUCUUUUAUUCCCAUUACAAUGUUGGCUCUCAUUUGUUGUUGGUUUGUAAGUUGGAACAGACACAGUACUCCAGGGUUCUUUCUCACGAAGCAAGUUUAACCUUAGACAGGAUUCCCGACUAAGUUUCAGCUUCACAAAACCUAAAAAAUGGAAAUUAAACUCAUUUUAUGAAGGCAGCAACCUCCCCUGUCAGCUCAGGUUUAGAUACUCCAGCUAUGAUUAAUCUUUGUGCGUGUGCACAUGAAAGCAUCACGUUUAUGAUGAACAACCAAUCACAAGAAACAUGAGGAGGAAUUGAGCACCUUGUUUCUCAAAGAAGCAAGAAGAAAUUUGCAUAUAUGUAAAAAAAGUAAAGCACUUAUAGCAGUAUAAAAGCACUGCCACUGUGUUUGCGUAUUGCAGUAAUAAUUUCUUUUAGUCCUUCAUAUCUAUGUAGUAUGAUUUGUUUCUUUUGCAAAAAAAAAUGUGCUUGAUGGCACAAAUGUCACAAAUAAAAAAAAGUACCAGUGGAAUCCACCUCUGCCAGUCGGUGAUUGGUUGAAGAGCUGUUUAUGAUCCAAAAUCCCAAACUGAACCAGCCCUGGAGCAGGUUAGGUGUGCAGCAUAGGUUGCUAUGUUGAUGUAUCCCAAUAAAAGUGAUCCACCAUUGUGAGACAGAUGCCAGCAGUGCCACAUUUAAAACAAUGCUGUCAAAUCUAUAAUUAACUUUUUUUUUGUUCUUUGUAUCUUUCUAUGCAUCCAGUUAAACAGAGCUAGUUAUGCUCUCAUGGACUUCCAGCAUCAUUGGGUUUCAAACAUAUGGCGAAACCCUGCACAGCUCAGCCACUUAAAUCUCUUUUUAAUGAAGUAGGCAGUUGGUCAGUUGAUAAGUACAGGACGUUCAUGAAACAUUAUCAUGACAAUUGAUCAUGAUCAGUAUAUCAGGGUAAUAUAUCUGUCCUUAAGUUAGAUUGAAUACACUGUAUCAGGAGUACUGUGAGUUAGUGUAGAUAUUGUUAUAUGUUUUGAUUGAUGAGUUCUAUAGGGAAGCGUGUAACUGCAGAUAUGACAACAGAGUUGAAAAUCACAAAAAUAUUACACAGUAAAUUUUACUUAUGCAAUUAAGUACAUUCACAAGCAAGUACUUUUGUACUUCUACUCAAGUAAAGAUAUAGAUAGAACAUUGUUGGUCUAGUAAUAUUUUGUCAAGGUCUGCUGUGUAGUUUUUUGUAAUCAUCAUGUCUGUUUCAGUAAUAGUUUUCCUGUCCCAAGCAGGUAAAGUUUUAACCAUCCACAGAUGGGCUUGUAUGUUCACUUUUGUUUUCUGCAGCUGAAAGCUGACGCUGCUCUUUGUGUAUCUUUGCAACUUUGUAGUCGCUGAAAUCACAC